CAUGAACAUUCCGACCCUCAAAUCUAUUACUCAUGUGUUGACUUUACAUUUUUAUUUUUCCACUUUCUUCAGAUCCGAUACAUCUCUCAGACUCAGGGCCUGCCUGCCGAGCAUCUGCUCAACAAGGGGACAAAGACCUCUCGCUUCUUCUCCAAAGAGUCCAACUCUCCCUACGCCUCCUGGAGACUCAAAACAACAGAAGAGCAUGAGAAAGAGACAGGACUUAAAUCCAAAGAGGCCAGAAAGUACAUCUUCAGCUGUCUGGAAGACAUCGCACACGUGAACUUGGUGCUGAGUCCUGACACCGGGGACAUGCAGGCAGAGAAGGCUGACAGGAGGGAGUUUGUGUCCCUGCUGAAGAGCAUGCUGCUGAUCAACGCUGAGGACAGGACUGUUCCCGCCAGCGUCCUCAAUCACCCCUUCCUCACCAUGACUCACCUGCUGGACUACCCACACAGCAACCACGUGCAGUCAUCUUUCCGCAUCAUGGACAUGUGCCACGCUCGGCCCAACAACUCAGUUUUUGAUGUUCUGAAUCAAAACACCAUUCAUUUUUCAAGACCCCCUGUUGCCACAGCAGCCUCCUCUGGCCUCCCUCUAGGCUACAGCAACAUACCAGUGCACACUCAGCCUAUGAACCAGUCGGCUCCCUCAGUGUUGCAUCCUGGGAUAGCUCUAACGACUGGGAAUGGUCAGUUUGCAUGCACAGACUCCUUUCCACCUGCCCUCCUUCUUUGUCCUCCCCCCAUGCAAGGUAACCUCAACCAACCGGCAGGGUACUCUGUUCCCAUGGUUACCCAGGCCCCUCCCAUACAGCCCUUACCAGUGAGACCUGGUGUAAUUGCUCAGCAGGCUUGGUCUAGCCGGGGUCAGCAGCUGCUCAUCCCAGCAGCCUGGCAGCAGAUGACUACAGUGGGACCUCCGCCCUCUCACCCCCCUCCACCUCCUCCCCAUUCCUCCCUAACCAACGACACCGCAGCCGGCCCACAGAGAAUCAGCGACUGGGGCAACCAUUACACUUCAGUGAUUCAACAGCCUCUCCUGACCAAUCAGAUGCAAGCACUCUCUGCCCAUCAGCCAAUCAACAUUGGCAUAGCUCACGUUGUGUGGCCGCAGCAAGCCAAUAAGAGGAACAGACAUAGUCACAACAGGAACCUGUCCCACCCCAGAAACAUCCAUACAUCAGUAUGUCGGACCCCCAAGAUGGCCAGUGUUGUUGGACAUACAGUGGCCCCCAGAGAGCAGCCUAAGAGGGAGCUGCCGCCGGUGCAACCCGUAGUCCCUAACGCAGAUGAAAAUGGUGCAGAGGAGGAAGUGAGCUGCUUCAAAGAGGCGGCGCCGAAUGGGAACAGCCAGCAGGACCGGUCCAAUCAACCGCAGCGCCACGUGGCCGUUCUGAUGGGGGACACACCGAGCCCUGCUGCCAGUGUGAUCAGCAUCCGCAGUGACCUGACUGACGGGGAGGAAGAGGAGGACGAAGAGCCUCGGAGGUGCCGUCUGAGGGGGUGCAAAGAGGAGUGUGUGUGUGAGGCAUGCAGAAACACCAGUGUGUCUAUGGAGAGAGUGUGUUCCCUCAGCAGCCCCGACAGCAGCCUCAGCACCAGCUCCUUCGCCUCCAACUCCCUGCAGUCCAGCCCCUCCAUCUCCCCCUGCAAGAGACCCAACAGCAUGUCCGAGGAUGACGGCCAUGAGAGCGGCUGCGACACGGUGGAGGGCUCCCCCACGUCAGACACGUUGACAUCCCCACGUGGCAACAGUCCCUACCGUUACCUAGACAACAGUAACCACAACAACCGCCCAUCUUUGGCUGCCAUGGUCGCACCACUGCCUUCCCCUGCAGUGCAGUGCAGGAGCCCCCGCGGCGUCAGGACCAUGGUGGUUCCACCAAUGAGAGUGCAGAACAACAACAGUCACGGGACAGAGGAGCGCACACAGAGAACAGAGUCCUGGUCCCGCUCCAAAGGGCGCUGCAGCCUCAUAGGACAGAGCACUCCCUCCUCUUACACCCUUCUCCCAUCCGCCCCCCUCCUUUCCCGGCAGAAAAACAUGAGUGGGCACCAGCAUCAGCACCCUCUGGGCUUUGGACAGGUCAGUUCACUUCCAUCCUUUGUCUGCAUUUACAUAAUGGGGGAUUAUGCUGCAGCCGGACAUCUAUUUAGGUUGCCUUCGUAAA